GAGAGAGAGCGAGAGAGAGAGUAAGAAGUAGUAAGGCAGUGCGGUAGCGCGAGUGAGAGGACAACUCAUUCCACCGCAGCUCGACUCCAAACGCAGACAGCGACUGUUGUUGGUGGACCAUGGGGAAGCACAAACGUAUUUCCCCGUCUCUCCGGAGCUUUCAGCGGUGACUGCGGUCAAUUCACACCGAGGAGUUCACCAGCCUGAAGCUAGGGGAUGAAUUAGAAAAGAAUAAAUCUGCCCUUCCUACGGUUAUUCGAAAGUGUUUUGUGUUAACUGGAUGCUGAUUGCCUGCGAACUGUGACUACUACCUGCGGAAAUUCUGUUCUAUCUCUCUCUCUUUCUCUCUCUCUCUCCAGAUUCAUAAUAUACCCUCUGCUUGGAGAGACCAAAAACUUCAGUGAGGAUGAUUGAGGAGGGGAGCCGUAGAGGGAAGACCAUGGCGGAGAGGAGGCAGAUCUUUAUGGACAUGAGGGCGCAGAACUUUGAUGAGAUCCGCCUCUCCGCCUACCGUACUGCCUGCAAGCUGAGGUUCGUCCAGCGGAGAUGUAACUUGCACCUGGUGGACGUGUGGAACAUGAUUGAGGCGUUCCGAGACAACGGUCUGAACACACUGGACCAUCAGACGGAGAUCAGUGUGUCGCGCCUGGAGACCAUCCUGUCGUCCAUCUUCUACCAACUUAACAAGCGUCUGCCCACUACGCACCAGAUCAACGUGGAGCAGAGCAUCAGCCUGCUGCUCAACUUCAUGGUGGCCGCCGGAGACUGUGACGGCCAGGGAAAGCUGACGGUCCUCUCAGUGAAGUCAAUGCUAGCCACUAUGUGUGGGGGGAAGAUUGUUGACAAGCUUCGAUAUAUAUUCUCUCAGAUCUCUGACACGCAUGGGGCGAUGACCGUGGCCAAGUUUGACCACUUCCUGCUGGAGGUCCUCAAGCUGCCCACUGCUGUCUUCGAGGGGCCGUCCUUUGGUUACAAUGACCACCAUGCCCGUGCCUGUUUCCCCCAGCAGAAAAAGAUCAUGUUGAACAUGUUCCUGGACACAAUGCUGGCUGACCCGCCCCCUAACUGCCUUGUGUGGCUGCCGCUGAUGCAUCGGCUCGCCAACGUGGAGAACGUCUUCCACCCUGUGCCAUGUUCGUAUUGCCGUGCCGAAAGCAUGAUGGGGUUCCGGUACUGCUGCCAGCAGUGUCACAACUACCAGCUGUGCCAGGACUGCUUUUGGCGUGGCCAUGCCAACCGCUCCCAUAGCAACCAGCACCAGAUGAAGGAACACUCCUCCUGGAAAUCUCCAGUGAAGAAGUUCGGUCAGGCCAUCAGUAAGUCUCUGGGCUGUGUGCCCAGCCGAGAACCCGCACACCCCAUCUUCCCCGAGCAGCCAGAGAGACCACUCGACCUUGCCAACCUCGUGCCUCCGCGCCCCCCCAUCUCCAACAACAUGAACGACACGGCCAUUCUCCCCUCCGGAGCUCCCACCCCCACCAAGAGCAGAGUGUCAGGUUUGGCGGCGGCACAGCGAAUGAAUGAGGAGCAUGCGCUCAUCGCUGCCUACGUCAACCGCCUGCAGAACAGCCCACGUGCAUUGGACAGCCCCAGUCGACUUGAUGAGGAGCACAAACUGAUCGCCCGCUAUGCAGCUCGUCUAGCCACAGAGUCGGGAAACGCAGCGAGGCCUUCAGCAGACUUCAACUUUGAUACCAAUAAGCAGCAAAGGCAGCUAAUAGCAGAACUGGAGAACAAGAACAGGGAGAUUCUGCAGGAGAUCCAGCGCUUGCGUGUGGAGCAUGAACAGGCCUCCCAGCCGACCCCAGAGAAGGCCCAACAGAACCCCACCCUACUCGCUGAGCUACGGCUGCUCAGACAGAGGAAAGAUGAACUGGAACACAGGAUGUCUGCGCUGCAGGAGAGCCGGAGGGAACUGAUGGUGCAGUUAGAGGGACUCAUGAAACUGCUAAAGGAUGAGGAACAGAAGCAGGCUGCUCAGGCAGCAGGCUCACCACAGACCUCACCGAGUCACGGAGUGGGUCGACCGAUGCCCAUGCCCGUUCGCUCCACUGGCUCCACCCCCACACACCAGCCCCAGGAUUCACUGACGGGGGUUGGCGGAGACGUACAGGAGGCUUUCGCUCAGGGUGCCCGUAGAAACCUUCGGAACGAUCUUCUGGUAGCGGCAGACUCGAUUACUAACACCAUGUCCUCUCUGGUCAAGGAGCUGCAUUCUGUAGACGACGGAGCAGAAGAAGAGGAUGAGAGACUCCAGAAUGGGAGAGACAGAGGAAAGGCAACUGGACAGAAACAAAUGGUCUCCUUGUAGACCUAACCCCCCCCAACAUGACGCACAACUUUCAACCACUGCUGUCAUCAGAAUACCAGGACACAACCAAAACAGCCCAUCCUCAGAAACUCUCAGAGGGAAACGUGAAAGAACAGAGAUAAACAAACACACAAACAUGUAAACAAAAAAAAACAAAAACAAAUGUGAUAUCAAGAUCACUGCAGUUGCCUCCACCACUGGCUGCUGCAGUGGGUCACUGGCCACAGUUGUUCUGUUUCUCUCCUUUGAAGGGAAAGUGUUGUGGUUCCCAGGGUCUGUGCUUGACUGCUGUGUGGUUGUUUGUUAGUUUUUUUAAUUUAAUUUUUUAAAAUUAGAAUUUGAUUUGAGUUUUCGCGCUUGGAUUGAUUCAGCUUUAGCUCUUGGGGGCGGGAGGGGUUUGGGAUGAGCAAUUGAAGAUAUACUGGGAGAAGGCCAACCCAAAGAUAGCUGAACAAUGACUCCGCCUACUUUGAGUGAUUGACGGUGCUAAGGCUCCACCUCCUGAGGAGGAUACACUCCACUUUUCAACCAACAGAGAACUGGUUCUUGAAACGGUUCCAUUCUGAAUUCUUCGAACCUUGGUGCUGUCUAGUGAACCCACCCGCAUUUCCACCAGUUUUCUAUGGAACCAAGGAUGUGUCAUCAAUAGAGGGUGUGUCAAUGUGUCAUCAAUAGAGGGUGUGUCAUGCAUGCAUAACUGAACUGUAGGAUGACACCCCCACUCUGGUUCAGAAAGGGGAAAAAGCUUUUUUUUUUGUGCUAAUUUUUCAGAUUCCGAAUCCGAACGCAUUUAUCUUUGGUUGAAAUGUUCCGAAUGGUUAAACUUCGUGAAACAUUCUGUAAACCAGAAUGGAGCCGCUUCUCUGUUGGUGGAAAAGAGUGGGACUAAAGGCCUAAGAGUGGGACUAAAGGCCUAAGAGUGGGACUAAAGGCCUAAGAGUGGGACUAAAAGGAUAUUAAUCGAAAGUGAAAGAAGGUGAGAGGAUGAUGAAGGAAAAGAAAAAGAAAGUGGACAAUGGUCAGAAGUAUACAAAAUAGAUGUGUACAAUUAAAUGAGUGUGUGGAUGUGGAAACAGUUGGUCUAGGAAUGGUCUAGUUAACAAGCAUUGUCAGAAGGGGGUGGGCCUUGUCUAUAGAGAAUAUUUAUUGCUGUACGUCUGACCUGUGAUACAGACAGAACUCAACCAAUAUGGUGUGCGGUUUGUUUGUUUAUUUAUUGCCAUGGAUGCUUAUUUAUUUUCCUAGUUCGGCACAUUAGCAUAACUGUUUAUGUAAAGAGCUGGAGGGUAUUCCAAGUAUGUGGUUCUGUAACUACCUGGAUAAGUUAAAUCUGAGAGUGUUGUAAAACUCGCUAUUGAAGAGCCUCUUGGCUUCAUUUUCAUUGCAAAAUAAAGACAAAGCGUUCUUUUAGGAUAGUUUACAACUUAUUCUGAGCUCAUUUAUCUGGGUUUGUCAUGGACCCGUGUACUUCAGAUACCCCCUUAUCCCCCUGCAGGUUCUUAAACUGUUGGGUCACGUGAUGAUUUCAAGUCGGACUGAAUCAAUCAAUGCUGUAUCUCUCUGGAUCAACCAGAAGAGUUUUUGUGAAUAUUAAAGUCAUAGAAUAUUUA